AUGGAGGAUAUGGGUGAUGGUGAGGAAUGCGUUGGUAAUGGGGAUGGUGGUAUGGAAUGCGAUGGUAACGGGGAUGAUGGUAUGGAAUGCGAUGGUGAUGGAGAUGGUGGUAUGGAAUGCGAUGGUGAUGGUGGUAUGGAAAGCGAUUGUAAUGGGGAUGGUGGUAUGGAAUGCGAUGGUAAUGGGGAUGGUGGUAUGGAAUGCGAUGGUGAUGGGGAUGGUGGUAUGGAUGUGAUGGUAAUGGGGAUGGUGGUAUGGAAAGCGAUUGUAAUGGGGAUGGUGGUAUGGAAUGCGAUGGUAAUGGGGAUGGUGGUAUGGAAUGCGAUGGUGAUGGGGAUGGUGGUAUGGAUGUGA